ACAUUAUGAUAGAGCAUGCCAUGUUUCCUGCACUGCAACGCAACGACACAGACGCGCGUUGAAUCUUGACGUCGGAACCCAUGGGACAGGCUGUUUGCGCGUUUUACGCGACGCGGGAAAACUACAACGCGUUAUCAACGAAGCUAUCAAACUUCAAGCGCGCAAGUUCACAAGAGUCCAAACAAUGCUCUUGCAGUCAGUGUAGAAGGCAAUGAUAGCGUUGUCGCGCCGCUCGCAGUGCAGACGGGCUGUUUGAAGCAGCUGUUCUAGUGUGUUUAUGAAGAGCAAAGUAAUGGAGCGGUGUAAAGAGACGCGUCUCGUUGUGUGUUUGCUGCUCUUUCUGACGCUCAGCGUGGAUUUGGGAUUCGCUUUCGGACAGAAUAAGGAUACCGAGUUCACUUUCCUUUUACCUCCCGGAGCAACCGAGUGCUUCUUCCAAACAGCCACUAAGAACGGCAGCAUGGAAGUGGAGUACCAGGUCAUUGCAGGCUCAGGGCUGGACGUCGGCUUCACUCUGAUCUCCCCGCAUGGAUACAGAUUGGUCUCCGACUUCAGAAAAUCAGAUGGCAUACACACGGUGGACUCCACUGAGGAGGGCGACUACAGGAUUUGCUUUGACAACAGCUUCAGCCGUAUUUCAGAGAAGAUGGUGUACGUGGAGGUGAUCGUGGAUGGACCAGAUGAGGAUGAUGAGGAUGAUGAAGAUUGGGCCGCACUGGCUGAACCGGAGGACUCACUGGAGUACAAACUAGAGGAUAUCAGGGACACAAUGGAUGCUGUGCACAAGAACCUGGAGCGAAGCCGUCAGCUACAGACGACGCUGCGGGCGUUCGAAGCUCGUGACCGUUACCUGCUGGAAGAUAACCUGUGGCGGGUUUCCUUCUGGUCCAGUGUCAGUCUGCUGGUCAUGGUCAGCGUGGCCCUCACCCAGAUCUACACGUUACGCAGAUUAUUCAGUGACAAACACAGAGUUUGUACAUAGCAGAGAUGAACUGGAGGGAAGCUGCUGGAAUAAUGGAUUCUGUAAAUGAAGACAUGUGGAAACUCUCAGGUCCAAAAAAUAUCCCUCUAGUUUAUGCUAGAAUUGAAGUGUUUGGCCAUUGACCAUUUCUCAGAGUUUUAAUUAUAAGAGUUUUCUGUAGAGUGCUAACACUGCUGAACACUAAAUUUACUUGAAGUACUGUAGAAACAUUUGAAUGUAAUUUUGUACUUGACUUUUAAAACACUGUGGUUCAAAUAAUAUAUAAGACUUUUGAAAUAAAUAACAUUGCAAUUAACAUUUCUUAUGGAUUUAUACAGCAGGAAAAUAAAAAUCCAAGGAAACGUU